AUGUCUGCCGAUAUUUCUGGUUCAACCGAUUUCCAAAUUAAAUUCCUGGAAAUGGUGGAAAGAGAAAAAUUAACUCCUGAACAAGUAUAUAACAUGGAUGAAACAGGAAUAAACUUUAAAAUGUUACCAGAAAUAACUUUUCUUAGCAGUCACGAAAAGUCGGCUCCUGGUUUUAAGAAAAAUAAAGAACGUAUUACAGUAGCGGUUUGUUCAAAUGCAGCAGGUACUCAUAAAAUACCUCUUUUCGUCUUUAGUAAAUCGGCUAAGCCACGUGCGUUCAAAAACUUGAAUCCAUCGUCCCUCCCUGUGUACUACAGAUCACAAAAAUCAGCGUGGAUGAGCACAGACUUGUUUAAAGAGUGGUUUAAUAUAGAAUUUGUUCCAAAGGUAAUAGGACAUUUAAAGAAUAUAAACUUGCCUAUCAAAGCAGUCCUAAUUUUGGACAAUGCACCAACUCAGCCUCAAGACCUGACCUGUCAUACAGCUGACAUAAAAAUAAUUUACCUUCCUCCUAACGUGACCAGCUUAAUACAACCCAUGGACCAAGGGGUGAUUGAAAGCUUAAAAAAACGGUACAGACGUAAACUUGUUUCCGAAAUUUUGCAAUAUUCGGAAAGUGAAGACAAGGGCCUUCUGGAAAUCAUUAAGAAAAUCAACAUUAAGGAUGUGAUCUACAUGUUAGCUAUGGCCUUCCAAGAAAUGCCUUCCGCUACAUUCGUAAAAUCUUGGCGAAAACUUUGGCCAGACAUCGAGAAACUUGUUGCGAAUGCGAAUCCUUCAGGGGGCGAGGAAGUAGAAAACGAAUCCAUUCUUCAAGAUCUUCAAAAGUUAUCGGGUAACGACACAAUGCAGCCAGAAGAU